AUGACUGGAGAAUCUGGUGAACUAUUGCCUUUUGACUCACGUCAAGUGAUUUGUGACCUACCGGAAUAUAGUAUUCAACUAAAGCUGUUUAUUCUUCAAUUAAAUGGUAGCCUCUUCAUCUGGAUAGGUGAUGAAGAGAACAAAUUGUCUGGUCUAUCCGUCUGUCUACCGUCGAGAAGUGUAAUAUCUACUCAGCAUCAUAGCACUACAAUCUAUUCAGCAAACGGUGCAUCAAGUAAUCCAUUCAGUGAAUAUGAAGAGAAUUUAUCGUGUAAAAUAUCAAAACGUUAUAAUUGCCCCGUAUUUGUUAGUAUCAGUUUACCUUAUGAAUUUGUUGCCUUGUGGAACAAUGUGAAUUUGACUACUGGGAAUACAUUUGGUCAAGAGGCUGAACGUCAUCUGUUUAAAAAUCUCCCUACUUUUAUAUCUUCAAGAUAA